GGAGCAUCGUUGGUAAGAGGCUCCGGUUGAUCAGGGCGAGGGGGCGCAUGCGCUGGGGAUCAGGGCCGGGGGGGCGGGUCCAGUCUCCGGCCUCGCACCGGGAGACACACAGUGACCAGGACCAAAGAUCUUAGAGCAGAGCUUUCACCGGGACUGGCGGAGCGGAGGGAGGGAGCCGGGCCGAGGUGGUCCAGUCCAGUCCAGCGCCGGGUCCCGCCGCCGCAACCACCGUCAAUCUCGGUUACGAGUUGGGCUUCAAUGGAGGACCACAUGGCGGGGCACAACAAGGAGAAGCGUUAUGAGUGUGACGUGUGUGGCAAGGCCUGGCAGAGCCCGAGCCAGCUGGAGACCCACCGGAGGGUGCACACGGGAGAACGGCCCUUCGACUGCUCGGAGUGCGGCAAGAACUUCGCCCGCUACGACAAACUGGUGCAGCACAACCGCGUGCACACAGGCGAGAGGCCGUUCACCUGCUCCGACUGCGGUAAGAGCUUCAAGACUGCGCAGGUCCUGAAGAUGCACCGACGGGUGCACACGGACGAGAAGUCCUAUGGCUGCUCCACCUGCGGCAAGAGCUUUGCCCGCUCAUCGGGGCUGCAGGUGCACCGGCGGGUGCACAGCAAUGAGCGGCCCUUCACCUGCUCCGACUGCGGCAAAGGCUUCAAGUCAUCGACAGACCUGAAGGUGCACAGACGCCUGCACACCGGGGAGCGGCCCUACACCUGCAGCGACUGCGGCAAGGGCUUCACCCAGUCCCACAGCCUUCUGGUUCACCGGCGCACCCACACCGGCCAGCGGCCCUUCACCUGCAGCGACUGCGGCAAAGGCUUCAAGUCAUCCAAGGACCUGAAGGUGCACAGGCGCAUGCACAUCGGGGAACGGCCCUACACCUGCAGCGACUGCGGGAAAGGCUUCAUCCGCUCCAGCAGCCUGCUGGUGCACCAGCACACCCACACUGGCGAGCGACCCUACACCUGCGCCCAGUGCGGCAAGGGCUUCACGCAGUCCAAUCACCUGCUGUCCCACCAGCGCACCCACACUGGCGAGCGCCCCUACACCUGCGCCCAGUGCGGCAAAGGCUUCACCCAGUCCAGCAACCUGCUGGAGCACCAGCGCAUCCACACCGGCGAGCGUCCCUACACCUGUGCCCAGUGCAGCAAGGGCUUCACCCGCUCCACCUAUCUGCUGGUGCACCAACGCACCCACACCGGCGAGCGUCCCUACACCUGCUCCCAGUGCGGCAAGGGCUUCACGUACUCCAGCAACCUGCUGAAGCACCAGCGCACCCACACCGACGAGCGCCCUUACACUUGCGUCCAGUGCGGCAAGGGCUUCAGUCAGUCCAGUGACUUGCUGGUGCACCAGCGCAUCCACACCGGCGAGCGUCCCUACACCUGCGCCCAGUGCGGCAAGGGCUUCACCCAGUCCAGUGACCUGCUGGUGCACCAGCGCAUCCACACCGGCAAGCGUCCCUACACCUGCGGCCAGUGCGGCAAGGGCUUCACCCAGUCCAGUGACCUGCUGGUGCACCAGCGCAUCCACACCGGCGAGCGUCCCUACACCUGCGCCCAGUGCGGCAAGGGCUUCUCCUGCUCCUCCAGGCUAAUGUCCCACCAGCACACCCACACCAGCGACCGUCCUCGUUAUGAGUGUGACGUGUGUGGCAAGGCCUGGCAGAGCCCGAGCCGGCUGGAGAUCCACCGGCGGGUGCACACGGGAGAACGCCCCUUCGACUGCUCCGACUGCGGCAAGGACUUCACGAGGGCGGAUGAGUUGAAGAACCACCAGCGGGUGCACACGGGCGAGAAGCCCUAUGGAUGCUCCACCUGCGGCAAGAGCUUUACCGACUCAUCGGGGCUGUUGCGGCACCGGCGGGUGCACAGCAAUGAGCGGCCCUUCACCUGCUCCGACUGCGGCAAAGGCUUCAAGUCCUCGGCAGAACUGAAGCUACACAGGCGCCUGCACACCGGGGAACGGCCCUACACCUGCAGCGACUGCGGCAAGGGCUUCAAGUCGUCCUCGGAACUGAAGAUGCACAGGCGCGUGCACACCGGGGAGCGGCCCUACACCUGCAGCGACUGCGGCAAGGGCUUCAAGUCAUCGUCGGAACUGAAGAUGCACAGGCACCUACACACUGGGGAGCGGCCCUACACCUGCAGCGACUGCGGCAAGGGUUUCAUCCGCUCCAGCAGUCUGCUGGUGCACCAGCACACCCACACCGGCGAGCGCCCCUACACCUGCAGCGACUGUGGCAAGGGCUUCACACAGACCAGCACCCUGCUGCAACACCAGCGCACCCACACCGAGGAGCGCCCCUACACCUGUGCCCAGUGCGGCAAGGGCUUCACCUGCUCCGACAGCCUGCUGGAGCACCAGCGCACCCACAAUGGCGAUCACCCCUACACCUGCACCCAGUGCGGCAAGGGCUUCACCCAGUCCCGUCACCUGCUGCGACACCAGCACGCCCACACCGGGGAGCGCCUCUACACCUGCGCCCAGUGCGGCAAGGGCUUCACCAAGUCCAGCAACCUGCUGGUGCAUCAGCGCACCCACACCGGCGAGCGUCCCUACACCUGCGGCCAGUGUGGCAAGAGCUUCACCAAAUCCCAUCACUUGCUGGUGCACCAGCGCACCCACACCGGCGAACGUCCCUACACCUGCCCCCAGUGCGGCAAGGGCUUCACCCAAUCCCAUCACCUGCAGUCCCACCAGCGCACCCACACCGGCGAGCGCCCCUACACCUGCGCCCAGUGCGGCAAGGGUUUCACCCAGUCCAGUGACCUGCUGGUGCACCAGCGCAUCCACACUGGCGAGCGCCCCUUCACCUGCGCCCAGUGUGGCAAGGGCUUCACCCACUCCAACAGCCUGCAGGAGCACCAGCGCAUCCACACCGGCGAGCGCCCCUACACCUGCGCCCAGUGCGGCAAGAGCUUCACCAAGUCCAGCACCCUGCUGGUGCACCAGCGCACCCACACCGGCGAGCGCCCCUACACCUGCGCCUUGUGCGGCAAGGGCUUCACCCGUUCCACCUAUCUGCUGUCUCACCAGCGGGUGCACGCCGGCGACCAUUCCGUCCCCAGUCCGGUGUGUGGAGAGCGCUUUUCUAGGACCUCUCACGUCCUGUCUCACCAGCGCAUGCACACCAGUGGCCGGCCCUACGGCUGCCCGAACUGCGGUGAGGAGUUUGACAGCUCGCGGGGGUUGCGGCAGCACCGGCGGGCCCACGCCGGCAAGGAGCUGCUCCCACUGAGGGAAGCGUUUCAAGAGUGCACGGGGGCAGCAGGAGCACCAGCGGAAGCACACCGGAGAGAGACCCUUUGAGUGUGUCAAGGGUUUCACCCGCAUGUCCAGCCUGUGGCAGCACCAGCGUACCCACAGCGAUGAGCGUCCCUUCCCGUGCCCGUCCUGU